GAAUAUGUCUCCAAAGUCUUCUUCUUAUUUAAUCUACGCAAGAACCAGAAAUGUGCAAUACAUACACAAUAAUACUAAAGUGCAACCACAAAAAAAACUAUACCCACCGCUGCCCCUUGUACCUUGGUACGCCACGACAAAAGUGUGUUAAGAACCCUCCGACUAUUGCUCAUUACUUUGUGAGCUGCCGCAAGUGCCGAGGCCAGGAGAGUGACGAGUUUGUGGUACAGUGGGUGGAGAGGGAAAACGAAUCUGAUAGUAGUACUGUUGGGGGGAAAGAAGGAAACUGGAGAAAGGGUGAGGAGAGCAACUACAUGUUGGCCAUAGGGACGUUUGAAAUUUUGGCAAUUGGAGAUGAGACUGGCAGAGUCAAGGGUGUUAGAGUACAUGAGAAUGGAACGGAAGAGGCACGACGCGAGAAGAAAGGACUGAAGAAUGUUUCUCUAGAUCUUUCUGGAACAAACAAGGCAAUCUUCGACGCUGGACCAUCGCACGAUAUAUACGAUCAGAUCAAUGAAAGCACGCAAGAGCUCAAGCUUGACGGAUUGAGAACGCAAAGUCUUCCAAUAAAGAGUAAAUCCAAAAAACCCAACGUAUUUGGAAGUCUACGAAAAAUAAUUGUUCGACCGAAGAGUGAGCAGGACACCGCAGCAACAGGUGAGCAUAAAUCGCCGACACAGGGUACUGUCAAAUCAAAACUCAAUAGAUUCAAUACGAUCACUGGCGGUUUCCGAGGAGGCAAGAAGAGCGAAGACAUGGGAGAGGAAAGUUCUCUGUCUGCAUCGGCAGAUGAUCGUAGGGUUGAUGAUGCUACGGGAUAUGAGUAUCUUACGCCUAAAGAAUUUCUCGACCUUCAUUUUCAAGGUGUAGUUGCAGGCAGCAGUGGUACAGAAAUUGCGAUAUCAAAUGCGGUUUCGGCACCUAUCGAGAUACCUCAAAAACGUCAAGACAAUGCAUCACAGAAGUGGACUGCCGAGAGGCGUGCUGGAGAAUGUAUGAGUGAAAUCAGUCGAAAUCCCUUUGCAGACAAUCCUGCAGUUGCCGAUCCUUGUAUUAAGGAUUCUACAAUCUCCGACUUCGAAAACAGCUACCAGGAAGAGGCACCAGAGCGAUGGAGUCAUGAUACUCACUCAAGUGGACCAGGAAGAAUGAGCCGAGGAACUGAGUUCUCUCAAUCUGAUGAGGAGCGAAUGGAUAUCAUUACCGACGAAAUUGAUAGGGAUACAAUUAAUCUAACACCGGAUAACAUCGAUGAUGUACUUGCAGUUUGGAAAAGAGGGUUUGGAACUUCGUCACCUUCAUCGCCUACUCACAUACCUCCUCGACCUCAUGCUUUAAGUCAUUUGGUACACUCUCCUAGCACUGAAGCGUUGCCGAUUACCACACCUUUUCGGUCUCAAGGCUCAAGUUUAGAUGUCACGGGUUAUAGUGUGAUCUUACCGAAUGCUCAGGGGGACGAGAAUAGAAUUGCCGGAGCUCAGUGGACGCCGGAGAAUGAUUCCGAGAAAGUGACUUCUGCAAAUUCGCAGCGUGUCAUGGAUUUUGUUGAGUCGCCGAGGUGUUUGGAUAUACCGCAGAGAAAUAACAUGAUGAAAGAACAUCUUCGGGAAUUUGCCUUGCAUAAGAGGAGCAAUACAAGUGAUGCUCGAUGCCACCAGGAUACUUCAGAGGAACCUCCUCCUCAUGGUUUUUCUUUCCCUAAGAGAAGUAACACAGGGAAUCUUCCACAUUCUCGACAUCCUCUGGCUAAUGAACUCACCCAGAACAACACUCUCUCCAGUAUUCAUCAGGCUCCAACAAAAACCCAACCUUUAUUGCCAAAUUUACAAGAGCCUACGCAAGAAACUAUCGCUGGUACUCGCUACUCAUCUCUGCCCUCAUCAACCACAAUUCUAUCCCUGCCCCGGAAAGGCAAACCGAGUGAACAAGGUCGCGAAUCACCUCGAAUUUGGAAUCGAAAAGGUGCACCCGCAUCCAAGCCCGAACCUCGUACUAAUCUUCCGGUACCAGAAAGAACGAUUGAUAGAAUAUCUACCAUGACAACCAUUUCACAAUUUAUACCUUCGCGCAACAGAGACCUCGAUGAAGAAAUUACGACAAAUCUAAUCUCUCCCAAGACAUCCACCAAAGUGUCUCGACGACGAAUAGGUAGUUCGAAUGUGCAGCAUCCUAUUCAAAAUCAUGCCAGUGCAAUUCCUGAUGUUCCUGCAAUCCCGAAAACUUACGCGAAACACGUUACUGUUCUUCCUAAGAUUGGUCGCGAUGCAACGGGCAGGUUUUCCGUGGAGCAUAUCAAAGAAGAAGAGCAGGGGAUUGUGAGAUCUAGCAUGGAUAAGGAGGUACCAGGAGAAGUAUCGCGGGAAGAGCUAAUAGAAGGUCCGAUAGAUGUAUACGCGAAUCAUACGAUAGGUACUUGGGAUGCCGUGUUGAGGAAUAGUCCGGGUGAUGUGAGCCCUCUUGAUUCGGACGAGGGUUUGAAUAAACUUGUGAGUCCAGUUAGUCCUCUCGAGGGAAAUGCAAGCGGAAAAUCUUGGGACGGGGAAAAGGGCCAGAAUUUAUAUGUGAGUAGGGAGAUAUGUAAAAAGAGUUCGGGUCUGUUGUCGCAGCUUACACACCCAUCUACAUCACCUACAAACUUUUUCUCCACCUCCCCCCACUCUCAAAAACCACCUUUCUCUACCCUCACUCCACCACAAUCCCCACAUUACCUCUCUUCAUCUCCCUCUUCACUCCACCUCCACCUCCACUCCCAAUCUCCAUCUCCAACUUCCCUACAUUACACUCCCCCCAAAACUUCUUCCAACACAAUAUCUCCCCUUUCCCCACACGAUCUCAAUCUCGAUCCCGAUUUCAAUCUCGAUCCCAGCAUCCCCCACAUCCGACCUCUACAAAUCCGAAAAAAGAACCCAGUUCUCGUAUGCAGAAAAACAGAAAUGGAAAAUCUGCAGGAGAUGGAGGAGAGGAGGAGACGGAGAGAGCGGAUGGAAGAGGAGUUUCGGAGGGCGGAUGAGAGGUUGAGGGGGUUGAGGGAUGGGAGGGGAGGUUUGUGAUAGGGAUGGGGUUGAGUUUGGGGACUGGGGAUUGGAGAUAGGGAGAUGGGGAGGGGAGAGAUAUAAUGAGAUAAGAGGUGCGAGAAUAAUACGUGUGCAGAGAGCAUGGUAUGAUAAGGUAGGAUAGAUAUGAUAUUUUGGUUUGGCAGAAAGGAGUACGGAGGUAGAUAUUGGAUAAUGGUAGCUUGAGAUUAGAUCAGAUCAGAUCAGAUUAGACUGGGAGCCGGACAUUAGGAACGAAAGUUUGGUAUACAAGCUCUGGAUGUAGGAAAUAAGAAUACGAUUUUAUGAAGCUGAUCA